AUGCCACCGUACGUGCGCUUCUCGCGAUUCCUUCGUCCACUUGCCAGAGCUUCACAACUUCAUCAACAUGUGUUUCGUCAAAGAGAAACUUACCGUCGUGUCAGUACUUUACCGUGCUUCACUCUCGAAAACAAAGUCUGCGUCGUGACCGGCGCGUCACAAGGUCUCGGCCAACAAAUCUUAGCAGCCUUCUGCCUAUCUGGCGGCCAUGGCGCAGUCGUCGACCUUUCCCUCGACAGCGCAGCCAAGUCAAUCCAAACAAUCAAUGCCGAAGUAAAAGAAAAAGGCCUCCCAGAAGCAAAUCUGCGCCCCUAUGAAUGCAACACCGCCGACGAAGCUGCCGUCAAGAAAACCUGGGCUCAGAUCGAAAAGGACUUCGGCAAAAUUCAUGUUAUGUGCCUGAAUGCUGGAAUUACUGGUGGUGUUGCAGCUGAAGAUUAUGACUUUAACGAUUGGAAGAGUAUGCUGGAUGUCAAUGUUAAUGGCACGUUUUUGUUUGCUAGAGAGGCUGGUCAUCAUAUGAUCAAGAAUGGCAUUAAGGGAUCGAUCAUUAUGGUCUCGAGUAUGUCGGGUGUUAUUGUCAAUCGCCCUCAGAAGCAAUCUGCCUAUAACACUUCAAAAGCAGCAGUGGUACAGAUGAUGAAGUCUUUCGCCAGCGAAUGGGGCGAGCACGGCAUCCGCGUCAAUGCAAUCUCACCAGGUUACAUCCAGACCGCUGCCAACGAAGGCGAGGAGAUGGAGAAACUCAGCAAAGGAUGGAUCAAAGACAUUCCUCUGUACAGAAUUGCCAAGCCGGAAGAGUUCAGAGGCACUGCUGUGUAUAUUGCUAGUGAUGCCAGCAGCUAUUUGACAGGUAGUCAGAUUGUUGUAGAUGGUGGAUACACUGUUUGGUAG